AUGACGACGCUCUUGGGCCUCAGCGGAGUGCUCGUGGCAGGCGUAAGAGACGUCUGUGUGCCGCUGGACGUGGUCGAAGCGGGUGGCGACGUCUGGAUGCAGCCCGUACAGUCCGGAUGCGGAUAUGGACCGGGACGGUCCUGUCGAAGACGUCGACGAGGCAGUUUGGCGUGCCACGAAGCUCUGAGGGGACCCAGGAGGGAGCGCACCUCGGGUUACACCAAGAGAGAGGAGUCGGAAAGGAGCGCACCUUUAGUUACACCAAGAGAUUCAUUUAUCUUUCCGAGGGAAAAGUGUUCGUCAAAAUUGGGAAAUACAGCAGAAAAAGAUCGUGGGAAAUUAAUAACACUUAGUAAAAUCAAAGAUAUUCUUUUCCGCGCUAAAGCUGACGCACUAAUUGAUUGUUUUGCGUUAGGAAUAAAUGCUACAGAAGGAGCUUUUUAUACGAUACACAUAAAGCCAGACUCUGCUGAUUAUUUUGAUCAAGAAGACAACCGGAGUGAAUCUGAUAACGACGAGCAUGAUAUAUCACCAAAUGAAAAUUCAGGCAACUUCACGCAAUUGAUAAAGCUCUACCUUGAACAGAACGAGAUCUCAGAGUUUCGAGAUGUCAAAGUAUUCUGCGAAUUAUCGAAUCUUCUUGAUCUUCAUCUUGGCGAUAAUGAUUUGAACGCGUUGCACUUCAAUCUGUCGUGCCUGCGCCAUCUGCGCUUUCUGGACCUUCGGCGAAACAAGUUCACGAGGGUUCUCGAUCGCGAUCUUCAUACCAUGGACAAUCUCGCCAAGCACGAUUGGUCCGUAACCGUGGACUUUUCCGACAAUCCUUUCGAAUGCUCCUGCAAGCUCAAUCCGUUCAUCAAGUGGAUGAAGAAGACGAAAGUGUUCAUUCGAAAUAAGAAUAACUUAAAAUGCUACGAAGGUAAUUUACAGCAUAAUUUUCAUGAGACGAAGAAUUGUGCUUCGAAGUUAUUAACUUCCACCAGGCAAGGAACAACGGUGAUACUUUGCUUCCUCUCGAUAGUGCUAGUCGCUCUGGUGUGCGCUUUGGUUUACUUACAAAGGGCAAAACUUCAAAAGAAAAUCGAGCCGGUGCUCGACUCAGUCAGCAAAAGAGUGCGAUAUACUUCAAUAGCAAAUGGUGAUACCCGUGAAGACGUGUGAUCGAAGAAAAAGAGAAAAAAUUGUAUUCUAGCAAGCGAAAAGUUUUUGCUUUUGUAAGAAGGACAGAAGAUUUGUACGAUUAAAUUGGAGGCAAAAUUUACGAAUUUAUUUCAGAACAAAGAAUAAAUAAACACAAAGUUUUCCAUUUACAGAUGUUCUU